CUUUAUCACGUGACCAGUGCAAAAUACUUGGCAACGCGAGGACACCGUCCGUUUCCUGCUCUUUGGACUCUGUCGCCAUUUUGAUUCAGUAGUACAGUGGUUGACCUACUUCUGAGAGCUGACCAGUGUCACAAACAACCGACUCGAAGCAGCACCAGCUAUCAAAACAUACUGUUCCAGCAAAUAUCAAAAUGAGUGGCAAUCGCAUAUUUAUCGGCCGUUUGAGCUCACACGCCAGAGAGAGAGACGUGGAGAAGUUUUUCAAAGGAUAUGGACGGAUUCGAGAGAUCAACUUGAAGAAUGGAUUUGGAUUUGUGGAGUUUGAUGACCACAGGGAUGCAGAUGACGCUGUGUAUGAGUUGAAUGGGAAAGAACUGUGCAGCGAAAGGGUCACAAUUGAGCAUGCUCGCUCCAGGAGAGGAAGAGGAGGUGGUGGUCCAGGAGCAGGACGCUUUAGUAGCAGUGGUGGCAGCAGCUAUCGCCGCAACAGUGGAUACAGGUACGGCCCUCCCAUGCGGACCGACCACAGACUUAUUGUGGAGAAUCUCUCUUCACGCAUUAGCUGGCAGGACCUGAAAGACCUGAUGAGAAAAGCAGGUGAAGUUACAUUUGUGGACGCACACAGACCCACUAAAAAUGAAGGGGUGGUUGAGUUUGCAUCCCGCUCUGACAUGAAGAAUGCCAUCUCCAAGCUAGAUGGAACAGAGCUGAAUGGACGUAAGCUGAAGAUCUUUGAGGACAGCAAGAGGAGCCGCUCCCGCAGCUAUUCCCGCUCCAGGAGCCGUUCCCGGAGCCGGAGCCGCUCCAGGAGCCGCUCCAGAUCUCACAGCCAAACGCCAGCGAAGAAGUCAUCAGGAAGAAGCACACCUGCAGCCAGAUCUCCGUCUAGGUCCAAGUCCCGUUCCAAGUCUCGCUCAAAGUCCCACUCCAAGUCUCGCUCCAAGUCUCGCUCCAAGUCUCAUUCCAAAUCCCGCUCCAAGUCCCGCUCCAAGUCCCGCUCCAAAUCCGGCUCACGUUCACCCGCUCCUCCUCAAAACAAAGAAUCUGGAUCCAGAUCCCGCUCACGUUCCCGCUCUGCCUCAGCAGAUGGUAAAGAUUAGGACAGGUGCACCUGUUGCUCUGAAGAUGGAUUCAUACUGGUUGUUUAUGAGCCUGACUGGUGUCACUGGAGCUGUUUUUAAUUAAGGGGUGAAAUGCUGCCUUCUACAUGAAGCCUAUGGAUGAAGGUUUGGAACAGGUUUGGGUUUUUUUCGUAGCUUUAAGUUUACUUCCACGUAAGUAAAGUUUGGAGAAGUGUAAUCAUUUGUUUAUGGCUCCGUCGUAUCAGUGGGAUGACUCGUGGCAGCACUAGAGUCUAUUCUUGCUUCCUACUGGUUUUUUAUUUCAUCCACUUUGUAUUUUCCCUGAUUUUGGUAGGAAUACCAGGAUUCCUCUUAAGUUAAACAAAUUCAUUUUACAUAUGAUCGAGGUCUUAGCUUUGCUUUGAAAUACUCUGAGACCCUUUUGGUUUUUUUUAUCCAGUGCCCUGAUAUUUGUACUGUUGAUUUAUUUUCUUUUUGUCUGUUUUAAAAUCUAUGAUUUAAUUUUCACAAAAUGUUUUGGUUCUAAUUUUGACUGAUGUCUUUCUAUACUUGCUCUCCUCCCUUCAGCGAGCUGAGCCUGACAGCAGCCGGUCAGUAAAUGUUUAUUAAUUUGUUACUAAUAGGACAGAUUGUAUGUACGGAUUUCUUAUCUUUAGUGAUGAGAACGUGUAACGUAACAUUCUUACACACAAAAAUAAAGUCUGUCUGAACUCAA